UGUUUGACCUGAAGUGAAAAAAUGUUAAUUAGUGAAAGAACCCAUUUGUGGUCAGGAGGAAUUGCACGAAGUAGAUCUGAAGGAAAUUUGGUUGAUAUGGAAGCCCAGAAAUCCUCAAAAAAUCACAAUAUUUCAGAAUGCCAAGAUCCAGGUUUGCUUCACAACUGGCCAGAUGCUUCUACUCUUCAUGGUAAUGAUGCUUCCAUGACUGGAAAUCCAUUCUGGAAUGAACUGUCUGCUUCUAACCCAUUUCUAGAUGACAUAACUCAGCUUAGAAAUAACCAGAGGAGAGAUAAUAUUUCCAUCUUAAAGGAAGAUCCUUUUCUGUUUCUAAGAGAAAUAGAAACUACAAAUUCUUUUGAUUCCUCUGGUGAUGAACUUGAUAUGCAUCAGUUGCUUGGGCAGUCUUCUUCAAGGAAAUCGGGAAGAUCUAAAAGUGUUUCAGAACUUCUGGACAUUUUAGAUGACACAAGACAUGCUCAUCAGAACACACAUAACUCCGACCAGAUCCUAGUACAAGACUUAGAAUGGCUUCAAAAUGACCGAGAAGCUUAUAAAAUGGCAUGGUUAAGUCAACGCCAGCUGGCACGCUCCUGCUUGGAUUUGAAUACAAUUAACCAGAGUCCUGGAUGGGCCCAAACACAAGUUGCAGAGACCAAUAUAGUUUGUAAAUUAAACCACCAAGGAGGGUCAGUACAAUUACCUGAGUCAGAUAUCACUGUUCAUGUGCCCCAAGGUCAUAUAGCUGUGGGAGAGUUCCAAGAGGUAUCUCUAAGGGCUUUCCUGGAUCCUCCACAAAUGCUUAACCAUGAUCUUUCAUGCACUGUAAGCCCUCUGUUGGAAAUCAUGCUAAGCAACCUUAAUACAAUGGAAGCUAUUUUGCUGGAGAUGAAAAUUGGGGCUGAAGUGAGAAAGGAUCCUUUCAGCCAAGUCAUGACAGAAAUGGUGUGUUUACACAGCCUGGUUAAAGAGGGCCCUUUCAGAGUGUUAAACAACUGCUAUAUUUAUAAAGACACCAUCCAAGUCAAGCUAAUCGACUUGCAUCAGGUGAUGUAUAUAGUGAUUGCUGCACAGGCUAAAGCUAUUCGGCCACCAGCUGCCACUAUUUGGGAUUAUAUCCAUAAAACUACCUCAAUUGGAAUUUAUGGACCCAAAUACAUCCAUCCGAGUUUCACUGCUGUUUUCACAGUUUGUGGACACAGCUAUAUGCCAGGAAAGCUUACAAUCUCUGAUAUCAAAAAGGGAGGAAAAAAUAUGUCUCCAGUUGUGUUUCAGCUCUGGGGAAAGCAUUCAUUUCUACUUGACAAGCCACAAGAUUUACAGAUUUCAGUUUUUUCAUGUGACUCUGAUUUUGAAGUCAAAGAAGAAGGAGAAAGGAAAGAAAUUAAGCAAAAGCAGUUGGAAGCAGGUGAAGUAGUUCAUCAACAAGUUUUAUUUUCUUUAGUUGAUCACAGAGAGAUGCACUUAUUUGUUUUCCGUGUUCAGGUGGAGCCUCCCAAUGGUAGACCCAUUGCACAGUUCUUUAUCACUUCACCUGAUCCAGCCCCAAAUCUGAAAAGGCUCUCAAAUCUGCCAGAUUAUUUACAGAAGGCAAAGGACGUCAGUUCUCCUCCCUUAUUAUCAAUGUUUGUCAAAUAUCCCACAUUCCAAAACAAAAAACUGAAUUUUACCAACUAUGGGGUAACACUAAAGACAGUGCUGAGACAAAGCAAGAUUGAAUACUUACUUGAAUAUUUCAAAGGAGACACAAUAGCUCUUCUCGGAGAAGGUAAAGUAAAAGCCAUUGGGCAGUCCAAAGUGAAAGAAUGGUAUGUUGGCGUCCUUAGAGGUAAGAUUGGACUUGUGCAUUGCAAAAACAUCAAGGUGAUUUCAAAAGAACAAGGGAUGGCUAUGGCUGAUACUAUGUUUACAACCAGAAGUCUUCUUGAACAAAUUGCUCUGCCCUUUAAAAAAUUGACUUAUAUAUACUCAGUUGUAUUGACCUUGGUGUCGGAAAAAGUGUAUGACUGGAAAGUUUUAGCUGAUGUCUUAGGAUACUCACAACUAGCCCUGGAAGAUUUUGACCAAAUAGAAGCAGAAAAAGAAUCAGAAAAGGUUUCCUAUGUUGUAAAGAAGUUAAAGGAGGAUUGCCAUGCAGAUCGAAACACAAGGAAGUUUCUUUAUGAACUUAUUGUGGCUCUGCUAAAGAUGGAUUGCCAAGGGUUAGUAGCACAUCUAAUCCAAGAGGCUGUUAUUCUGACUUCAGCUGUCAAACUUGGAAAAGGCUGGAGGGAACUUGCUGAAAAGGUAGCACGACUCACGAAGCAACAAAUGGAGGCAUAUGAAAUUCCUCACCGAGGAAGGGCUGGAGAUGUUGCUGUCGAGAUGAUGUGGAAGCCUGCCUAUGAUUUUCUCUAUACUUGGAGUGCUCACUAUGGAAAUAGCUACAGAGACGUGUUACAAGACCUUCAGUCAUCACUGGACAGAAUGAAAAACCCUGUGACAAAACAGUGGAGAGACUUAACUGGAACCUUGAUACUAGUAAAUUCUUUGGAGGUUUUGAGAGUAACUGCAUUCUCUACUUCUGAGGAAGUAUAGAAAUGACAAUAUGUUUAGGGGGGCAGGG